CAAUAAGCCAUUCUUGCACACCACCUCCGCCGACAUGAAACCUUCAACAGCGGCACAAUCAAGUCACCUACCACAGUUAAACAUAAACUCCCUGCAAAGAAGCGUGAGAAGUUAUUAUUAGGGAGAAAUGGCGGACGGCGGAGGCUUCGAGGCGGGUGAUGUUGUCGACCCACCCAUUGCGCCGAAUAUCAUCUGUCCCCUUGUCACCGUUUCGGACCUACCCAGCCCCACAGCUGCAGGCCGUAACCUGAAGGAAUGGCUGCAGGAGCAGUUCAAUAAAAAGCCUGAAGAGCAGAGUGAGGAUGCCCUGCUCCACAACGCUGCUUACGUAGGAGACCUGGAUACUCUGAGGAACCUGCUGCAGGAGGACAGCUUCAGAGAGCGGAUAAACGAGAAGUCUGUGUGGUGCUGUGGUUGGCUGCCCUGCACCCCUCUGCGCAUCGCUGCCACAGCCGGUCACGGGGCCUGUGUGGCCUACCUGAUAGGCCAGGGGGCCAAGGUGGACCUAGUGGACGUGAAGGGUCAGACAGCCCUCUACGUGGCGGUGGUCAACGGACACCUGGACUGUGUGACCAUCCUCCUAGAAGCUGGAGCUGGCCCCAACGGCAGCCGCCACCACCGCAGCACUCCCGUCUAUCACGCUGCACGGGUAGGCAGGGUGGACAUACUCCAAGAGCUCAUCAGGUUCCAUGCCGACGUAGAUGUGGACCACCAGCUGGGUGCCAGGCCCCCGUUUGGCGCAGCCCGCACCCUCACCACCCUGGUGGUGUGCCCGCUCUACAUCAGCGCCGCCUAUCGCCACCUCCACUGCUUCAGCCUGCUGCUGGCGGCUGGCGCCCAGCCGGACUACAACUACAACGGACCAGUGAGCCGCGAGGCACUAGCCAAGGGUUUGGCCUCCUGCCUGCUGGAUGCGGUGCUGAGACAUGGCUGUGAGGCGGCAUUCGUCAGCCUGCUGCUGGACCAUGGGGCCAAGCCCAGCCUGGUACCCUGGGAGCAGCCCCACCGAGAGGGGGCGACCGCCGGGGGGCGAGAGAGGGUCGACCCCGAAGCCUUGCAGCUCUACUUGGAGGCCAGGAGAUGUCCUCGUAGGCUGACCUACCAAUGUCGGAUCAGUAUUAGGAAAGUGAUGGGGAAGCAUCGGCUAAAAUACAUCCCUUCUCUACCGCUCCCGGACCCCAUUCAGAACUUCCUGCUUCACCAGAACUGACUCUGGCAGGCCUUGUCUUUGAUGAUCGUUAUGCAAUUAUGAGCAGUGGCGGACUUACCAUAAGGCAGAAGAGGUAAUUGCCUCAGGCCUCACAUCAUCAAAUCAUCAAGACCUUGUGAGCUGGGCAUAAUUGAAACAAAUGGGAAAGGGGAGUUUUGCUUAUUAAUGAGGCCACAUUGUUGACAAAAAAGGCCUCAAAAAAAGUUUAUGAAUCCAUAUAGCCAAAUAAUAAUUCACAAUAGAUCAAUAAUUUAUUUCUAUACAAAUACACUGAGUGUACAAAACAUUAGGAACACCUAAUGACAUAGACUGACCAGGUGAAUCCAGGUGAAAGCUAU